UGGGGAGAGGAGGAGGAAAGGAGCUUAUAAGGAACGGAAGAGAGAGAAACACAAGAUACAGAAUGCUUUUAGAUAUAAUACAGCUAUUAUGGGAUGUAUAGAUUUCAUAUAUUUAGACAUUUACCUGCUCUUACUAGCAGUUUUCCAAAAGAAGAUGGCAAAUGUUUCACACCAAAGACAAGAUUAAAUGUGAUUGGAUUGUUACCCUACCGUAGCGGCUCCUCUUCAGCUGGCAGCCCAUUCACAAACAGCGGACCGUUGUAAACGCUAUGACAGGCGCAUAGAUGGGGAAAUUUUGAGUGACACUUUUCUCUGCAUCAUCCUCCUGCACGGAUUGUUUAUUUUAUCCUUGAUCAAGGCUGUUUUCAGAAGACCAGUCUUGGCUGGAGUCCAGUUCAUCUGACUGAGCUCAGGAAGCCGAGGAGAUGUGCUAAGAAAAAGACAAGCAAUCAGCGUGAGUGCGGCGUCUGUUUGCACCUGCCACUGAAAAGACAGAUCUGCCAGCACGGCUUUUGUCGCCUGCCUGGCGAAUGAGAGACGGAGGCCUCCCGGCCGAGGGGAAUGGAAUCCAGCCAUGCGGCUCUGACUGGAGUUGUUGUUUGUCUUGUGCUGUCAGUGGGCAGCGUUUGCCUGCGCUGUCCUGCUGCUGCUCCUGACUGUUUCCAGAUAAUAUCAAAAGCGUAGGCUGAAAAAAUUCCCUGCCUGUCUGACUCCCUUCCUUUUUGAGGUUGUCACUAAGCCUCUCUUGCUUGUUUACUUCGAUUACCGGUUAGGUGAAUGGAUGCUUGGGUCUGCACUAGGGAUAAACUUCACUUGUGGGUCAGUUUAAAGUAGUGCACACUUUAGACUGAUUUUGCAUCUCUGGAGGACUGUGCUGGCCUGAAUAUUUUUCUAUUUUCAUCCACCGAAGUGCCAUUUUUAUCAUUCACUGCCCACUGGUUACACAGAAGCGGUAGUUUCCAUAGAAAUGAAGAUAUCUGGGAAUCUCUGGAUAUAGAGAGUGUCGGAGCGAGGUGAAGGAUAGGCACUGGACAAGAACUCCGUUCCGCUUUCUUGAGUCCUGGGUGAGGAAAGGUUUGAUGUUAGUGCAGGUGGAGGUCACCUGUUCGGGAUAGAUGAAUGAAGAAAAAGAGUUUCGUAGAGACGCACGUUUUAGGAAGAGAAGGAAACAUACAGAGAUGUUCUGAAAGCUUUCCUAUUUCCGAGCCGCCCGAAGCAGAACAAAAAUGUGUGAAAUGCUCUUCUGCUCUCAAUUGACUCUUUAUGUGCCCCCGGUUUGAACUGUUGUUCUCAUUUUUCAGUUCCUGGAAUACAAAAUCUAUACUGCCAAUUCACAGACUGUAUCAUUUUCAUUUCUGCAGAGAUUCCAUUACAGCAUUACAAGACUGUUGUAGCAUGCGGGACAGUCUUUUGCUAAUCUUGUAAGAUGAUCGCAUCUGUUUUCCUCUGCAUAUGCAGUGGGGUAUGACAUCAGCAAAGUGGGGAUUAUCAACCCAAAUCUAUAGUUGCUGAUCGUAUCAUUAGUGCCUCGCAUGGAAUUCUGCUGAUUCUUGGGUACAGAACUUUAUCUUUUGGCACAAAAGUGUAAUAAGUUCACUAAAGUCAGCAUCAAGAUAUAAGACGAUGGACGACUCCAGUAUAUUAAGGCGAAGAGGUCUCCAGAAGGAGCUGAGUCUUCCCAGGAGAGGCAGUUUCUGUCGGACCAGCAACAGGAAGAGUUUGAUAGUGACAUCCAGCACCUCUCCCACUUUGCCUCGCCCCCACUCACCACUACACGGACACCCAGGAAGCAGUCCAUUGGACAGUCCACGUAAUUUUUCCCCAAACACCGCUGCCCACUUCUCCUUUGUGCCAGCUCGCAGCCAUGGACACAGGGCUGACAGGACGGAUGGGCGCCGGUGGUCUCUUGCCUCUUUGCCGUCCUCCGGAUAUGGAACAAACACCCCUAGCUCAACAGUCUCGUCAUCAUGUUCAUCUCAGGAAAAGCUGCACCAGUUGCCCUUCCAGCCCACCGCAGAUGAGCUGCACUUCCUCACCAAACACUUCAGCUCGGAGAGCAUCACGGAUGAGGACGGGAGGAGAUCUCCAGCCAUGCGGCCCCGCUCACGGAGUCUCAGCCCUGGACGCUCUCCCAUAACCUUUGACCAUGAGAUCGUCAUGAUGAACCAUGUUUACAAGGAGCGUUUUCCCAAGGCGACUGCUCAAAUGGAGGAACGUCUGGCUGAAUUCAUAUCCUCCUCAGCUCCUGACAAUGUCAUGCCUUUAGCUGACGGCGUCCUGAGCUUCAUCCACCACCAGGUCAUUGAGCUGUCCCGUGACUGCCUGGAUAAAUCCCGUGAGGGUCUUAUCACCUCUCGCUACUUCUACGAACUACAAGAAAACCUUGAGAAACUGCAUCAAGAUGCUCAUGAGCGCUCAGAAAGUGGGGAGGUGACUUUUGUCACCCAGCUGGUAAAGAAGCUAAUGAUAAUCAUCGCCCGACCCGCCCGUCUGCUGGAGUGUCUGGAGUUUGAUCCAGAGGAAUUUUACCACCUGUUAGAGGCUGCUGAGGGUCAUGCUAAAGAGGGUCAGGGAAUCAAAUCUGACAUCCCUCGAUACAUCAUCAGUCAGCUGGGUCUCACUAGGGACCCCCUCGAGGAAAUGGCCCAGCUGAGCAGCUAUGAUAGCGGUAACCCUGAAACACCAGAGACAGAAGACUCCACAGAUGGUCGAGGAGCCGCUGUACAGACUCCACAGCCACAGCCCAAAACUAAAACUCCUCGUGAGGAAGACUUUGAGACCAUUAAACUCAUCAGUAAUGGAGCUUAUGGAGCUGUGUUUCUGGUGAGACAUAAGGAGACCCGUCAGCGCUUUGCCAUGAAGAAGAUCAACAAACAGAACCUAAUCCUGAGGAACCAGAUCCAGCAGGCCUUUGUAGAAAGAGACAUACUUACAUUUGCCGAAAACCCUUUUGUUGUCAGCAUGUUCUGCUCAUUUGAGACAAGGAGACACCUUUGCAUGGUUAUGGAGUAUGUGGAAGGUGGUGACUGUGCCACUCUGCUGAAGCACAUUGGAGCUCUACCUGUGGACAUGGCACGCAUGUACUUUGCGGAGACAGUCCUAGCGCUGGAAUACCUUCACAACUAUGGCAUUGUGCACAGAGACCUCAAACCAGACAAUCUUCUCAUUACAUCAAUGGGACACAUCAAACUGACAGAUUUUGGCCUGUCCAAGAUCGGUUUAAUGAGCUUAACAACCAAUCUGUAUGAGGGCCACAUCGAAAAAGACACACGGGAAUUCCUGGACAAACAGGUGUGUGGUACUCCUGAAUACAUUGCACCAGAGGUCAUUUUGAGGCAGGGGUAUGGUAAACCAGUGGACUGGUGGGCCAUGGGAGUCAUCUUGUAUGAGUUUCUGGUGGGCUGUGCUCCUUUCUUUGGAGAUACACCUGAAGAACUGUUUGGACAAGUCAUCAGUGAUGAGAUAAUCUGGCCAGAGGGUGAUGAAGCUUUACCUCAUGAUGCUCAAGAUCUCAUCUCCAAACUACUGCGGCAAAACCCUCUGGAGCGUCUGGGGACAGGGAGUGCAUUUGAAGUGAAACAGCACCGCUUCUUCAGUGAUCUGGACUGGAACAGUCUCCUGAGGCAGAAAGCAGAGUUCAUCCCUCAGCUGGAGUCAGAAGAUGACACAAGCUACUUUGACACACGAUCAGAUCGGUAUCAUCAUGUGGACUCAGAAGAGGAGGAUGACACAAAUGAUGAUGAUCAUCUGGAAAUCCGACAGUUCUCUUCAUGCUCUCCACGAUUCAGCAAGGUGUACAGUAGUAUGGAGCGUCUGUCCUUGCACGAGGAGAAGCGCACUCCUCCUCCUACUAAGCGCAGUCUGAGUGAAGAGGGAGGAGAGCGGAUCGAUAGUCUCAGCGGGUUAAAGUCCAGAGAUCGGAGCUGGCUGGUGGGCUCACCUGAGAUCCUGAGAAAGCGUCUCUCGGUUUCCGAAUCCUCUCACACUGAGAGCGACUCCAGCCCGCCUCUGACCGUACGCCGGCGCUGCUGCUCGGCUAUCAUCGAAAUGCCUCGAUUUGCCAUCUCCAGCGAAGAGGAUGGGGGUGUGGGAGGCCGAAAGACCCCUGUGAGGGGUCCCCGUGGAGAAGAUCUGCCCCAGUCAAUACCGGAGCUCCCUGUGGAGAGAGAGCUGAGACUGGAUGAAUCCCCCACAACACCCGGCUCCACAUUGAGCCAAAUCAGCCAAUCCACACCCACACCGGGGAGUUCUGGUGAUGUGUUGGAACGGGUCACUCGCAGUGCCGAAAGCUCUGAUAACUCCACUCCUAAAGCCAUCAGCGAUCUGGCUGCCCGCAGAGCUCGUCACAGACUGCUGUCAGGAGACACUGAGAAACACACAUCACGCCCACUCAACAAAGUCAUCAAGUCAGCAUCUGCCACCACCCUGUCACUCAUGAUCCCUUCUGAUCACCAUGGUGUCUCUCCUUUAGCCAGCCCUAUGUCCCCCCACUCUCUGUCAUCUAAUCCAUCAUCCCGUGACUCCUCUCCCAGCCGAGAUCUGUCACCGGCUAUCAGCAGUAUUAAACCUGCCAUAGUCAUUCACCGAGCUGGCAAGAAGUAUGGCUUUACCUUGCGUGCCAUCAGGGUUUACAUGGGAGACACAGACAUUUAUACCGUGCAUCACAUGGUCUGGCACGUGGAAGAUGGAGGACCUGCUCAUGAGGCUGGACUGAGAGAAGGAGAUCUUAUCACACAUGUUAAUGGAGAGCCAGUCCAUGGACUGGUGCACACAGAAGUUGUAGAACUCAUUUUGAAGAGUGGCAGUAAAGUGUCAAUCUCUGCUACGCCCUUUGAGAAUACAUCCAUUAAGGUUGGCCCUGCACGCAAAACCAGUUCUAAGUCCAAAAUGGCUCGGCGCAAUAAGAAAAACAAAACCAGAGAAGGACAGGACAGUAAGAAGAAAAACUCUCUGUUCCGUAAGAUCACUAAGCAGGUGACUCUCCUUCACACUAGUCGCAGUCUGUCUUCUCUUAAUCGCUCUGUUUCGUCUGGUGAGAGUGUACCAGGGUCUCCAACGCACAUGUCUCCACGGUCACCCACACAGGGCUGUCGUUCCACACCUGACUCCGCCCACUCAGUCGGUGGGAACUCAUCUCAGAGUAGUUCACCGAGUUCCAGUGUGCCAAACUCUCCUGCUAGUUCUGGUCAGAUUAGACCCAGUUCCCUGCACGGUCUAGCCCCUAAACUGCAGAGGCAGUACCGCUCUCCCCGACGCAAAUCUGCAGGCAACAUCCCCUUAUCCCCACUUGCCCGCACACCAUCUCCCACCCCUCAGAGCACCUCUCCCCAGCGCUCCCCUUCACCUCUACCAAGCCACGGCCUUAUCACAUCAUCAAUAGGCCAGUCCUUUCCUGUAAAACUCCAUUCUUCUCCUCCGCUGGUACGACAGAUAUCCCGCCCAAAGAGUGCAGACCCUCCACGUUCUCCUUUACUCAAACGUGUCCAGUCCGCAGAGAAACUCGCAGCUUCUCUUUCUUCGUCAUCAUCUUCUCCUUCAUCCACUGUUGAUAAAAAGCUGCCGGUCGGCGGCAGCCGCAAACACAGUCUUGAUACCUCGCAUUCAGAGUUUAAAAAGGAGAUGCUGCAGAGAGACCCUAGUUUACAAAGCCUGCAGGAGUCAGCCAGUGAGACUCUGCUAGGUGGACGAGUGUCUCCGGCAGAAAAGGGCAGUCUACAGAAGAGUUCGGUUCGCAAGUUGGGACGGCAAGAAGGUCCCGAGUCUGGAACUGUAAGCCUGGGACUUGUUCCUGGGAAGAGUAAACUAAAAGACAAGUUGUCCGCAAUACGCCAGGAUCGUGCCGAACGCCGUGAGUCUCUGCAGAAGCAGGAUGCUAUCCAUGAGGUGGACUCCUCGGAGGAUGAGACAGAUGAAGGAUCGGAAGAUAGCCAGGAUGGACGUCGACCAUGCUAUGUUCCUCCUAGCCAUAUCCUGCGGCCUUCUACUGUAAUUGCCUUACCCCAUACCAUCAGAAUGGGACCUGCGGCUCCACCAACAUUGGGUCUGACAUCCUCUACAGUUGCACCCCCAGGCUCACCUCAAACCAGCCGAGGACUGCAUGUACCAACCCAAGUUACCACUCAGUCGCAGAUGCAAACUUCAACCUUACAACCAAUGGAAGCUGCAGCCAAACCCUCAGAACAGAUUCUCACAACGCCCCUGACCUCUACUGUGUCCCAAGACUCCAGUUUAACACUAGCUGAUGAUUCAACAAAGUUAGAGUCAAGGGAACAGGACUCUCAGUCCCCUGCUAGGCUUUUUCCACUUCAGCCCAGUCCUUUGUCCAGCACCUUUUCCACCCAUGGCAGCGCCUUUACCUCUGUUAUCAAAGACACGUUUGUCAAACCAGCCCCACCCCCACUGGAUCGAAGGACCUCCAAAACCUCUGAGCCCAGGUCCAAACCCAGUAGCAGGCUAGAUUCUACCACUGCUUCUGUGGUAUCCAGAGACACCCCUCUUGCUACCACACCAACUGGAGGUAUCACAAAGGAGAUGAAGGAAGCUGACAAUCGCAGGCAAGCUGCCGCCGCCGCCGCUUCUGCAUCUUCUGCAUCCACUCCCUCCGAAAGUGGAAUGGACAAAGUCGUUUCUCAGCUGGCCACUGUGGCUAACAGCGUGCUGGGUCCUGUCAAACUCAACAUCCCAGGAACUAAAGAGGCCCUGGACCGAUCAAAGGACCAGUGUCCCCAGUCAGAUGUUACCCACCCAAAGAUAAAAGAACGUCGACUGGAGCAUCCAAAUUCUCCUGACUGCACGAGUACUUCUGGUGGUUCUGGCUCUCGUUCUCCACGGCUGACUGAAUCUCCCUCUAAACAAACAUCAACCAAAUCUGAGCCAACGUCGUCUUCUCAAAGAUCUGUAGAGGCUCCAGGGACUUCUAAAAAGCCAACUCCUCCAAACUCCCAAGGUGUCGAAGAACAACAGGACAGAUCAGGGACACCACGAAGUGGUACCACACCAAGGUCUAGGUCUGAAGCACAAUCGCAGACCCAGGCAAAGCCAAGUUCCACAAUGUCACGAGAUAAAUCCAAUAAAACAACGUAGCAGAUAAAGCGAUGUUUCUCCAGCUGUAACUAAUUUAGCUUUCCUAUUAACCGAAAAACAUUGAGGUAGUUGACCUGUUUAAAAUGAAAAGAGUGGAAAGAUAAGACAAGUAAGUAAUGUUGUGAGCCUAAAUGCUUCAUUUCAAAAUGUUUUAUGCUUCGCCAUUGACACAAUAUUGUUUUAAACCAUUUUUCUUAUCAGUUCUAAAAACUUGGAGAAAUACUUGGUUUAAGGAGACAAAAACCAUACCCACAUACAGGAUCAUAUGUGACCUCUUUUAUAUGAUCUCAAAAUUCUUUUGAAAGUCUCUGUAGUAGGUAUAGCUGUGCCUUAAAGAAACACCUCAAAAUUUUACUUGUACGUCUUUCUACUUGUUCAUCUUUAGAGCAAUGUUUCUCAAUUCCAGCCUUCCAUAAGAUUCAACUCAUCUUCUUGUUUGUGUGUUAAGGACAAGACAUCUACAACAAUACGCUUGUUCGACUAUGUAGUGACAUCACAGUACAGCAAGAGAGAUUUAAGAGGAAAUUACUCUCUAUGCUCUUAAAUAACACUUGCAGUACUGUGAUGUCACGGGGUGAUUGUUCUGUGCAGUGCUGCAUGAGGUCGAUCAAGCCUUUAUGGCAGGAGUGGGGAACCCUGGGGCCUGGAGGGCCACUGUCCUGCAGAGUUUAGUUCCAACCCUAAUCAAACACACCUGAAUUUCAUUUCCAAGUAAUCCUGAAGACUUGAAUUUGAUUUUUCAGGUGUAUUUAAUUAGGGUUGGAACUAAGCUCUGCAGGACAGUGGCCCUCCAGGACAAGGGUUCCCCACCCCUGCUUUAUGGGAAAGGGCUGAUUUGUUGAAUCAGAUGUUUUUCUAAACAGGGAGACAUCUGAAACAUUCUGGGACGGGGGUGAGGACUGAAUUUGAGAAACGCUGCUUUAGAGAAAGACAUAUUGCAGCAAUAAGAGUAUGCAGAGCACAGUAUCACACCUGUUAUAUGUAAAGAAAACCAAACUUCAUUUUCAAAUUCUUGCACUUGUCGGUUUUCAGGUGUGUCGAACAGCGUUCAGAUGCUAAUGUAAUCCCCCUCACAGCUACCAGUUUAUGCCAACUAAAAAUUGGAUGCGUAAUGUGGUCAAUUUGUAUCAAUGUACAUGUCUGAUUUUGCCUAAAAAGCAAGUAAAUUGCACAUCAUUAUUUGAAAAUGAACAUUUUCAGUUUGGGGGAUCAGAAAUGUUCGACAUUUUAAGCGGACCAUUGUUUUUAUUUCUUACCCGCUCGCUUAUUUUAUUAUCUGGACCAAUUUCCUGUUUCUGUAUAUUUGGUUUAUUUUAGACAGACUCUAGAUUGUGUGUUCGUGUGAGAGCGUGCGUGUGCCUGUGUAUAUAAAAGCAUGUCUGCGUGUGGGUUUGUGUGGGUUCUUACACAAUGAAUAUUUUAAAAAAAAAUGUUCUUUGUCAGUUUUAUGCCCUACAGGAUGAAAGUGUGUUUUCGAAUCUUUGCCGUAUACGCUGUGUUUGAUUUAGCUCUUUGUCAAAUCCAUGCAAGGCUGUAUUUGCACAAACCCUUUUUAUUUUAUUCGUCAUUAAUAUGAAUACCAAUAAAUACAGUAUCCAAUUAGAUCCCAAGUUUGGUUGGGGUCUUUAAGCGAUAUGAGAAACUGCAGUACCUUGUAGUAUUACUUUGGCGUACAGAUGUGUUAACACCAUAAUGUAUUCAUUUCAUGUGUUCAUUCAAAUUUUCACCGCAUUUUUAAUCAAUCCUGAUUAUUGUGUUAAUAAUCUCUGCUCAUUGCUUAACAUUCAACACAUGCUUACAUGCUACAAAGGGGAUCUUGUUGCAUAGGGCAAGUCAGUGUAGGGCUCCAGUGCUAGGUCUUGCUCAUAUUAAAAAUCUGUAUUGUUCAUUUAUAUGACAGAUAGUGACUAGAGUCACGUGAUGAUGGUAUGUACAGUUAUGAUAUAUUAUAAUCUUAUUCAUGUUUUGUCUAUAAGAAAUCUGAAUGGAUGUCUUGCACAUUUAAGCGUCUUUUUGAAACCCAAAGGAAUCGAGCUGUUGAUAGCGGUGCAGCCUGAAGCUUAAUUCCUAAUCAACGAGAAUGAUGCACUUGUGAAAUGAAAGGCAAUUGGUUGAAAUUGGUAAUGCAUCCAUUGGCAGUCAGGUUUACAAUAGCGUGUGCACCAAUCUUACACCCCAGUUGUGCAUAGUUUGCGCCCUUAUAAAAAGACAAAAUCGUAACUAUGUCUUGAAGAGAUCACUUACCACUAAAUCCCACUACAUGGGUAACAUUCGCAUACCCAUUAAUUCACAGCAUACUUGAAAAUUUCCAUUUACACCAAUUUUGGGAGCUAAAAUGUUUACAUGCGGUACAACUGGAGAGGUCAUUCGUAAACAGGAUUAGUAAAUGUGUGGUGUAGUUACAUAUCGUAGUAGAGUCCGUGUCCAGGCACAUAUUGUCGUCUAGAUUACAAUUUUUGGCGGGAAUGCACUAGAAAUGUACAGGGUGUGAAUAAGACUCAGAACUUAGUCUACAAUUUAAUAAUCUAGUGUUUCUUUUUGUUUACAUGUAGUCUCUGGGCUUUUAACAAAGAAAGGAAAACAUUGUAAUUAUGUGAAUGCAUUGAAUUAAUCUCUGCUCCCUUUGCUAAAUUCGCAAGCCGAAAGUGAGCGCUAACUGCCUUCUCACAUACGUGACGGGGGUGGUGAUGAUGUUUGGGCUAUUUGUUGAGGUGAAGUCAGGUGUCAGAAUGCCUGAGGUGGUUAUCCAUCAAUGUCCGGCAUCCACACCAUACACGCACUAUAGUGAACUGUAACCUUACACACAUUGUCCACCUGCUACCUCUCACCUCUGGCAUGGGAUCAGUACUUUACAAAUAGAAACCUUAGAGAACACACACCCCCACCCCUCACUAAUUACAUCGUCCCGCAACAACCACUAUGUCCAACCACUGCCCUCUCAACACUUCUGUGUGUAUGUCAGAGCUGAAUGUCGGCACAGAUGGCUCACUUUAUUGUAAAUAUUUUAAAGUAUUGUAUUCUGAGUGUCUUUAAUAUGAAAAGAAUUGAAGUUAUUUGGUGUGAAUUGGCCACUGCCUUAGACAUGACACGUAGCUGGUAUGGGAAAAUAGAUAUAUUUGUAUUGUAAGAGCUGAUGCUCAAAGUUACCAGAGAGCCAGUGGUGAUACAGUUGUAUUAUGGAUCGCCAGUGUGUCCAUCAUGCUUUGUCCUGUAAGGCUUAAGGUGACCGUGUGGUUGAACGGAUAGAAAUGAGCAAAGAAAAAAUCGCUAGAGUUAAACCAGUGCAAUAUCUUACAAUUUUCUAUUGUGGUAAUACGCAUGUUUGUUGUUAAUCCUACCUUAUGAAUAAUAAAGAUUUUUUUAAGUAACUUAA